GGAGGUGCGAUUAGAAAGCGAAUUGGAAACCGUGAAAUUUUUGUUGCAAUUUGUGAGCAAGCGCAGAAAAAUGGAGCGUAGAUUCGAUAGAAGACCAAGACCUUGGCUUGGUUUGAUUGGAAACGACCCCAAAUCCUCCGGAGCACCUGAAACUUCGGUCGAAAGGGACUUGAAUGCAGUUGGAGAACCAUAUGUUGGUAUGGAGUUUGAGUCUGAAGAUGCUGCCAAGGAGUUUACGAAGAUUAUGCAAGGCGUGUUGGAUUCAUCAUGCGUAUAGGCCAGUGUCGUCGAUCACAUGUUGAGAAGAGAAUUCUUUCCCGUAAGCUAUCCUGCAAUAAGCAAGGUGGGCGUUCUUUAAAAGCUAGAGACCAAGUCCGGUCAGUUCGAAGACCGCAACCUACAACAGGAGAAGGGUGUAAAGCGAUGAUGCUAGUCAAACUUAAAAAAUCUGGAAAAUGGGUCAUUACAAGAGUUGUCAAGGACCAUACUCAUCCACUUAUAGUUUCUUCCGGGAAUUCUAUGGAUGCAAAGGAUAUGAAGAUUGCAGAACUCACUAUGGACCUGGAGCGUGAAGAGCAAUUAUGUGGACAAUAUCGUGAGCUACUACUUGCAUUGCUGAAUAAUGUUGAGGAGGAGACAGACCACAUAGCAACGAAAGUUAGAGGAGUCGUAAACUAUGUAAGAGAAUUUGAGACUCAAGUUGAAGGGAUUCCAGAAAAUCAAAUGGAGUCAAGUUCGAGGGCUUCCUCAAAAUCAAACGGAGACUGAAGUUCAAGAGCUUCCACAAAAUCAAUCAGGCGACAAUUAGAGACAGAAGUAUGGCUCUCUGCAUACUAGUUGCAUGAGGAUUCGACUAAUGUUCUCCUCGGGAGUAUUCUGACAGACUAACAUACUGUACAGCAGAGUUGGCUUGGCUGAUUUAUCGCACAAGCAAUCUCGAAAAAUGUCUUGAACCGAUAAACUUUCAUUGUUUAAUCGAACGAAAAAAACAAUGAAAGUUUGUGGAAGAAUGUUGGAUUUUCAUUGAACUGUAGAAUAAUGGCACAUCUCUAUUUGUGAUAAAGAAAUUGAUUGCAAUUAACACUGUA